AUGACCACAGCUACUUGUGCAAAUCUGCCCGGACCCCUCUAUCUUCCCAUAACUUACCACCAGGUUGGGGUCGGAUCAGUCGCACCCGCAUGGGGUGUCAGGGUCGAGUUUGGCGACCCAGGUCAGGUGGUCUCUCUGACACCUCGCAUGUCGGAUCUGACUCUUGUUGCAAACUCUGGUGAUUGUGCUUCCUCAACUGAUUACGACUGCCUAGCGUGGCUAGGAGGCACCUAUGACCCAACCUUUUCAAGGACGGAGGCGACACAGACCGCGGCUGGCUGGAAUGGGACAUUGCAGGGCGCUGACCCGGCCGAUUUUGUUCUAUACAAUGACGUCCUCACAAUUGGCUCUAACGGAAGGACUGUGCCGGGUUUUCCAUUUGCGACCGAUAACGAAGCAGGAUGGGCCUACAACAUUUCAGGCAGCCUGCUGGGCCUCGGCCUGAACUCGACAUUCCUGCAAGCCAUGGUCGACAGUGGUGUUGCACCAUCCACAUCCUACGGCCUGUGGGUUGGGACACGUCUAAACGACGAGGACCCCAGGGACGGCCUUCUCAUGAUCGGUGGCUAUGAUUCCGCCCGCGCCAACGAAUUCCACACCUUUGACAGCAGAGACACAUGCACUACGUGCAUCAUUCUGCAAGAUUUGACGUGGGAGUCUGACGCUGGAUCAUUUUCCCUGCUCGAUGAGGAGGCCACAGAAUUCCAAGUUAUCCUUGUGCCGGCGUGGGAGUCACUUCGUUUGCCUCCGUCGGUCUUCGACGCAUUCGGCAACGCCACGGGCGGCGACUACGACACAGACCUCGAACUUUGGACAUAUUCAGCAGCUUCCUUCCCUUCCGGUAGUCUCAACUUCACCAUCAAGAAUGGCUAUAGUUCCUCGAUUCCAGCAGAGGAACUCUUCUUCUACCCGCGUCAAUACGACACUGACGGGAGCCUCAUUGUCGCCAACGAGACCUACAAGAUUGGAUUCGUGGAGAAGUACGAGAACAACGAUGACAGCGGCAAGUACCUAGCCUAG